AUCAGUUGACCAAAACUUACGAAUAGAUUAGGUACAAUCCAUGAAUCCCAACUAUAGAAUCUUGAUGUGGCUGCAGCUGCUAUUGCUGCUGCCAGCAGGACUGGCAGUUAAGCAUAAGAAAGUUCUUUCGGAUCCCAAUUUGCAUGUUAAGCGACUCGUACGGACCGUGAACACAAAUGGCUACCAGCGGACGGAGGGCGGCCACGUGGGCCGCUGGCUGCUACACGUCAUGGAUGGGGAGCAUUUCGCCUGCGGCGCCUCCUACUACAAGCCCCUGUAUGUGCUGACCUCGGCGAACUGCAUGCACAGGUACCGCAAGAAGCUGAACACCAUGAGCGUGGAGUUCGUCAAUCCCGACAUGGAUGUGGCCAGCAAGUACGCCAUGAUCGAGAGCGUCAAUGUGCCCAAAAAGUAUCGAUAUCCGGACAACUACAUGGACAUUGCGGUGAUCAAGUUGCGCCAAAGCCUGCACGACGACAGCCAGCAGCCCUUUGUGCAGCUCUGCAAGAAUCCGCUGCGCACCUACGAAACGCUAACGGUGGUGGCCUGUGGCGUAGAUCCCACGGAGUCCUUCGAUCGCACCAGCACCGAGGAUAUCGCCGUCAUGCAUACAACUGAGUGCCAGCCGCAGUACGCGAGGCACAAGCUGAGGAUCUCCGAGACGAUCGCCUGUGCCCGAGAGUUCAACAGCGGCCGGUACCGCAUGUACGAGUUUGGCUGCCCCGUGACGUCCGGUGUGGACGAGCUGUGCGGCAUUGUCGCCUGGGGACCACAGUUCCAUGGCGCACAUCCAGGCCUCAUUACCGACAUCUAUCAGGUCAAACCAUUCAUCGUCAAGGUGGUAAGCGGCAUUCUUGGCGACAGUCGAGGGCUCUUAAAACGCUCGCGCCGCAUGCGCUCAAAAAGGGGCAGGCAAUUGGGGUAGAUAGUAGGCUGCUGUAAAUUUAAUAAAACUAAUAAAAUGCAUUGUGGAUAACGCUGCAAUACUAUCUCUAAAAA